AGGUCUCCCGGCACGGAUAAUUCGGGGAGUCAAGUCGCGACUCCGCUGCGGCUACUCGGCCGAUCUCCGUAGCUGCGGAGGGGAAAGUCACUCUGCGACGGAGCAUUGGUAUUAUAACUUAUCUUUCCCACUCUUGCUUCAUAUUGUACCAUAUCCUUCCUGCAGUCUUGAUAUCAUUUAUUUUAUAUUUCUGCAAUCGCGACAGGAGCGCGAAGGUCCAGAGAAGGAUAUAAUAGCCAAAAUGGCAGCUUCUAUCAGGGCCAAUUGCAGGAAGGUGAUGUGCAUUGGGAGGAAUUAUGCAGACCACGUCACCGAGCUGAACAACACACGUCCCAAGCAACCUUUCUUCUUCCUGAAGCCGCCAUCGUCAAUUCUCAUCCCGGGUCAAGGACCAGUGCUGCGCCCCAAGGGCGUCAGCCUACACUAUGAAGUCGAGCUGGGUCUCGUGAUCGGAAAGACAGUUCGGGAUCUGGAUCCUGAGGAUCAUCAGGGCGCAUUGGAUGCUAUCGAUAGCUAUGUCCUUGCCAUUGAUAUGACGGCUCGUAAUGUUCAGGAUGAGGCUAAGAAGAAGGGUCUCCCCUGGUCGAUCGCCAAGGGCUUCGAUACCUUCUUGCCUAUCUCGGAGCGCAUUCCUAAAUCUGCGAUUCCCGAUCCACAUGACGCGUUGCUGCGUUUGAGCGUUGGCGACGAGGUGCGACAGUCGGAUUCAACUGGAUUGAUGCUGUUCCGUAUUCCUCGUCAAUUGGCAGAUAUCUCGCGGGUCAUGACCCUGGAGCCUGGAGACUUGGUCCUGACGGGAACGCCCAAGGGGGUUGGACAAGUGAAGCCUGGCGACAUCAUGAGGGCCGCCAUUGAGGUCAACGGGAAAGAGAUUCCCGAGGGCAGAAUCGAGGUCGAGGUGAAAGAGCGGGAAGGACGCUAUGAAUUUAAGGAGACUUGAAUUAUCCGAAAUAGAUGAGAUGCUAAGUUGAUCUUAUGUAUAUACCAGAAGCAGGAGUUGCUACUAGUGAUUCCCUGAGAAUCUCCCAUGUCCAUCCUUUAUCGUCUAUUCUUUUCUCGAGAAUCGCCUUCAGGUUCUUAUCCACAAGGCCAUCGAGGAACUUUUCAACUGCAAUACUCUCUUGUUCGCGUCGAGGAAGCUGCAUGCGAGCUUCCUCUGCAGAAGAAAGGUAG